GGAACCGUAAAGUUUGUGCGGCUCAAAGUGACGCAAAAAUCCUUAAGGAGCUCUUUGGCGGCGGCUAUCUAGAGAUCAGACCAUGUGAGGGGCCGAGAGUACAAAUACGGCCGCUCGGCGCCUGCUCCCGCACAGGCAGCGGCCGCCCCGGUGCCUCGAGGGCGCGAGGGUCCCCGCGCGCAGAGCCCCGGGACCAGCCUCCCCGCGGACUCCCGGCAGAGCUUGCAGACCCACUGACGUGAAGGGCUGAGGAGAUCCACAGAUUGGAGCACCAAGAAUUCGGAUCAGGUCCUCGGCAGAUGGGUGUCAGGAUCAUCUACUAGCCAGCAGGAUGGAGACUACACCCUUAAAUUCCCAGAAGGAGCCGUCAGCAUGUAAAGAUGGAGAAGAUUGUCAGGAAGAUGGAGUCCUACAGAAGGGGGUCCCUGCCCCUGGGGAUAAGGCGGAGUCUGGCCAGAUCUCCAAUGGGUACUCAGCGGUUCCGAGCCCUGGUGCAGGUGAUGACACUCAGCACUCCAUCCUGGCCGCCACCACCACCCUAGUGGCUGAGGUCCAUCAAGGGGAACGGGAGACCUGGGGCAAGAAGCUGGAUUUCCUCCUCUCGGUCAUUGGCUACGCCGUGGACCUGGGCAACGUCUGGCGCUUUCCCUACAUAUGUUACCAGAACGGAGGGGGGGCGUUCCUCCUGCCCUACACCGUCAUGGCCGUUUUCGGGGGGAUCCCGCUCUUCUACAUGGAGCUCGCGCUGGGCCAGUACCACCGAAAUGGAUGCAUUUCCAUAUGGAGGAAAGUCUGCCCCAUUUUCAAAGGGAUCGGUUACGCCAUCUGCGUCAUUUCCUUCUACAUCGCCUCCUAUUACAACACCAUCAUGGCCUGGGCUCUGUACUACCUCAUCUCCUCCUUCACGGACCAGCUGCCCUGGACCAGCUGCAGGAACUCCUGGAACACUGGCAACUGCACCAACUACUUCUCCGACGACAACAUCACCUGGACGCUCCACUCAAAGUCGCCUGCAGAAGAAUUUUACACGCGCCAUGUCCUGCAGGUCCAUCGAUCUAAGGGACUCCAGGACCUGGGGGGCAUCAGCUGGCAGCUAGCUCUCUGCAUCAUGCUGAUCUUCACUAUUAUCUACUUUAGCAUCUGGAAAGGUGUCAAGACAUCUGGCAAGGUGGUGUGGGUGACAGCCACCUUCCCUUACGUCAUCCUUUCCGUCCUGCUGGUGAGGGGGGCCACCCUCCCCGGAGCCUGGAGGGGUGUUCUCUUCUACUUGAAACCCAACUGGCAGAAACUCCUGGAGACGGGGGUGUGGGUGGAUGCUGCUGCUCAGAUCUUCUUCUCUCUCGGUCCUGGCUUUGGGGUCCUACUGGCUUUUGCUAGCUACAACAAAUUCAACAACAACUGUUACCAAGACGCCCUGGUGACCAGUGUGGUGAACUGCAUGACGAGCUUCGUUUCAGGAUUUGUCAUCUUCACUGUGCUGGGGUAUAUGGCUGAGAUGAGGAAUGAAGAUGUGUCUGAGGUGGCCAAAGAUGCAGGCCCCAGCCUCCUCUUCAUCACAUAUGCAGAAGCCAUUGCCAACAUGCCAGCAUCCACGUUCUUUGCCAUCAUCUUCUUCCUGAUGUUAAUCACACUGGGCUUGGACAGCACAUUUGCAGGCUUGGAGGGGGUGAUCACAGCUGUCCUGGAUGAGUUUCCCCACAUCUGGUCCCAGCGCCGGGAGUGGCUUGUGCUCGGUGUGGUCAUUACCUGCUUCUUUGGAUCCUUGAUCACCCUGACUUUUGGAGGGGCCUAUGUGGUGAAGCUGCUGGAGGAGUAUGCCACGGGGCCGGCCGUGCUCACCGUUGCGCUCAUCGAAGCAGUUGCCGUGUAUUGGUUCUAUGGCAUCACCCAGUUCUGCAGUGACGUGAAGGAAAUGCUUGGCUUCAGCCCUGGAUGGUUUUGGAGGAUCUGCUGGGUGGCCGUCAGCCCUCUGUUUCUCCUGUUCAUCAUUUGCAGUUUUUUGAUGAGUCCACCCCAGCUACGACUUUUCCAAUAUAAUUAUCCUCACUGGAGUGUCGUCCUGGGUUACUGCAUAGGAACCUCGUCUUUCAUCUGCAUCCCAACGUAUAUAACUUAUCGGCUGAUCAUCACUCCAGGGACACUGAAAGAGCGUAUUAUUAAAAGCAUCACUCCAGAAACACCGACAGAAAUUCCCUGUGGGGACAUCCGCCUGAAUGCUAUAUAAAAGGCUUCAGUGAGAGGAAAGUGGCUUCCCAACAACCUCGUCCUCCAGUUCUGACGAGUCACACCUCACCUUCUCCCAAGCUAAUCCUGACAAUGGAAGGGCCUCCUUCGUGGAGACACAGUCCCAAAAGACUAUGGUGCCCAGACUCUUAUGUCCUCCAGCCACUUCUUUCUGUGAAAUCUCCUGGACGUAUUGCCACGUUAGACUUUGUGAAACAGCUGAACUGGCCUGUUUUGGAUGUGUGAGGGUGAUGAAAACCACCGUAUAAUCAGUUAGGAUUAGGUUUAGAAUCAGAUCUGUGAAAGUCCCCUGUAUUAUUUCUGGUUACAAUCACCGGUAUCUGACAUCUGUUUGCUUCUAAAGGUUUCACUCUAAAGGUUCGUGAAUGCAUAAACCGUGUAGGAGAAAACAGGGAUGCUGUCUUGCUAGCCAUAUAUUUUCUGAGUAGCAUAGACGUCUGCAGCUGGAAUCUCCUAGAACCCUGUAACCCGUGUGCUACUGUGGAGUCAGGACAGGAAGAUGUAAGAAACUAAACGGAAAAAUGAUGUGUAUGUGUGAGUGUGUGUGUCUUUGUAUACUGUUGUUUCAGUGUACCCUUAUCUCUAUUCCAAUACUUUGGGCCCAUUACAAACUAUAUGAAUUUCCUCUAAUUUUUCUUACAUUAACAAAUUCCACCUACUCAAAUGUGUAUGUAUGCUAUUAUUUGAAGGGUCUAGGGUCUAAUUACUAUGACAUGCUGUGCCACCUCCUCCUUUUCCAGUGACACUACUUUAGCCCACACACCUUCCUUUAUGGGCCAGCCUUUAGCUUUUGCUGCACAACAUUGCCAUCUUCCUGUCUCUCUCUGCUAAAAACUCAGGAUAACAUUCCACAGGCAAAUUUGGUCUAUUUCAUUAGUCGCUGUGGCUUGUCUGUGAACUGCUUUGAAGAUGGAUAUUGACAAAUGCGUCUUUGGUGUUCAGUUGACCAUCUGGUUUAAGCUUGUCUACUUCAAAUGACUGAGUUUGACUGUUGAGGUUACUUUGCUUUGUAAAGAAAGGAUAAAUCCAGUUCUCACUUAUAGGGUAUACAGAUCUGGCCCCCUGACCUAAAUCAAGGUCAUCCUCCAUCCGAAAGUAUUCAGAGAGUCUGGGUUAACCUUAAAUGGACAUCCCCCAACCAUUGAUCCUGCCUGGUUGGCUACCAGGAUUGUGAGCCCUUCAGAUAAUUUUCAAGAUUGAGACUAAGUAAGGCUGAUUGGAAAGGGUCAGUUAAGUGAGAGACUUUUCAUUCUACAUAAAGCCCUUAAUACAGAUCAAGUAAAUCUGACCUUUGGUGGCUUGUGACUCAGAGUGUAGGUAGAGAAGCAAAUUUUACCUUGUAGUGUGAGAUUUCCUUAUCAAAAUCUUAAAGGGAAUGAAGUCUAGUCAAUGAUAAAAGGAUUCAAUCAUCUGGCCCCAUAUAACUUAAGUCCUGUAUAUAAAUCAAAUUUAAUUCUAACAACCCUAUAGAAGAAAGAAGAACCAUAUAGAAGAGGCAUAGUUUUAUCCAAUAAUAGAUCUUCCUAUCUUGGCUUCCUUUCCCCAGAAAUCUCUGCCCUGGCCAACUUCCUGUAUUCCCCCUACCUCCUUCUCUUUCUGACUCUUUGCAUUUCCCAGUGAGGUAUUUUCCUUAUAGAUGUUAGCUGCUGAGAAAUUUCCAGAAAUAUUAGAGGAAAAGAGGAAGGGGAUUAAAAAAUGUCCCUUACUGACCUUUCUUCGUUAUCUUCACUCUUUUAUUUCUUCUUGCUACCUUAUUUCUAUUCUCUUUGCUUUCUACCAUGCCAAAAGGAGAGUUUAUGUAAGUGGCAGCAUGUAUAUUCAGUAGUAAAUAGCUUUGCAAAUUUUAAGAACUUACUUUAUAAAGAUAUUCAAGUAUGGAUUCUUCCCAUCCUACACACACACACAUUCUCCAAAGAUAAAAUUUAUUUAUUUAUUUGUGGGUUUUUUUGAGGAAGA